GCACAGAGAGGGUGAAGGGUUUUUCUGCGUACGGAUUGGUUGAUUGGUUUUAUUGUACGGCGCUUCUUUGCACUCCGAAUUAUCCGUCGUGGCUUCGGUGGAGCUGCUGCGCGCGACUCCUUGGCUACUUUUCCCUGGUUAUACUAAGUUAGGGAGCUGCUCUCUAUGGAGUAAGCCCGUCAAACUCGGCGAGAUAUACUCCCCGAAAGGUGAAUACUAGGAUUAAAACAGUAGCAGUACAAAAGGAGAAAUGGAGGAAAAAAGGGCUGCAGUUUGUUGAGACUCGAUCGGCUUAAAAGAAGAAAUCCCGGAUUCGAGGGUUUUUACUGUUUUGUUGCAGCGAAGCCAAAGACAGAGAAUUUUUAUGGUGCAGAUGGAGCAAGAUUGAUGAUCAGACAGUCAAGGCGGACAACAUAAGACCCCUAUCAUUUACACAAGUUUAUAAGAAAACAACUGAAUGCAGGACUGUCCACAAAUUUGCAGAGACAAAAGAACAGCAAAGAAUACCUUAUUUUUUUUUCCAGUUGAAUGGAGAACACUAGAAUGAGUAAGAACAUUAUUGGAUGCUUCCAGAAUCUAUCCUGUGAAUUCUGUCAACGGGCUGAUGACUGUCCUGAAAAAUAUGGGGAAAAAAGGACCUUUGAGGACUGUAAUCUCACUGUUCAUUAUUACUGUGUAUUAAUGUCAAGUGGGAUUUGGCAGAGAGGUGAAGAUGAAGAAGGCUUUUAUGGUUUUUUACCUGAAGAUAUCCAAAAAGAAAUUAAUCGAGCUGCAAGACUGAAAUGUGCUAUCUGUAAGAAAAAAGGUGCUUCAAUUGGUUGUAUAGCAUCCAGAUGCAAACGAAGCUACCAUUUUCCUUGUGGAAUAGAGAAAGGAUGCAUUUUCCAAUUCAGAGAAACUUUUCCGUCAUAUUGUUGGAAGCACCGACCCACUCAAAAACGUCCUUCUAAUUGUAAAGGAUCAUCACAAUGUACAAUAUGUUUGGAGUUGGUUGAACAAUCACCUACAUACAACAUUUUGACAAGUCCAUGCUGUAAAAAUGCUUGGUUUCAUAGGGAAUGCUUGCAGUGUCAAGCUCUCAGUGCAGGGGUAUAUUUCUAUCGAUGUCCUGUAUGUAAUAAUAAAGAAAAAUUUCAGAACGAAAUGUUAAGAAUGGGUAUCCACGUUCCAGAAAAAGAUGCCUCCUGGGAACUAGAACAGAACGCCUAUCAAGAACUUCUUCAACGUUACCAACAUUGUGAUAUUAAAAGAUGUCUUUGCAAAAAUGGAAGAGACUACAAUGAGCCUGAUAGCAAAUGGGAAAUAAAACGCUGUCAAUGUUGUGGUUCGAGUGGAACUCAUUUGGCGUGUUCCUCACUAACAAGCUUGGAGCUAAACUGGGAAUGCAUUGAAUGUAGGACCAUCCUUGCCAAAUCAAAUGGAAGUACUCAGAAAUGGCGAAAGCGUUCUUUGAGUAUGCCAGAAAAAGCAGAUGGAGACAAUCUGAUGGAAGAUCCAUCACCCAAAUGCCCUAGACAGUCUCCAGGAUCCCAUCUUGGAAUCCAUAUCAGGUCCCCAAAGAUGGUGUGCUCCAAUGGUUUUACUCCGUGUUCCCAACUUGAUCUCCCCUCUUCUAAUAACAGAUUUUUAUCCCCAUCUGCCUUCAUCAGUCCUUCAGUAAGGAAUUUGUCUUUAAAAAAAAUGCAACUUGGAAUGCAGAAAAGAGAAGUCUCCAAAAUUUUGAGGGAAUUAAGAUUACAGAUUAAUUCCAAACCAACAAGACUGAAUAUCAUCAGGCAAAAUAUCUGGGGUAGUGCUCUAAAAGGAUUUCAGAAGCGGAACUUCAAUCCUGCUAACACUAUUGAAGUAAAGUAUAUAAACUGCAGGAAUAAAACAGAGGUGGAUCUCUGUUGCUCAUCAAAGGAAGAUUUUUUUCAAUUGCUGAUGCUUCAUCUUCAGAAUUCAUCAUUAUUUGAAGGGGACCACUCAAAGAAUUUGUCCUUUGAUUCUCAAGCUCUUAAAGAUAAUUUAUACUAUGAAGCAGGAAAAAUGAUUGCAGUUUCUCUGGUUCAUGGAGGCUCAUCUCCUAGCUUCUUUUCUAAAACCUUGUUUCACUGCCUCGUCUAUGGCACAGAGAAUGUGAAGCCAACAAUAGAAGACGUUGCUGAUAUAGGCGUUUUGCAAGCAAUAGAGAAGAUAAAAUCUGCCAGAACACUGAGCAACUUAGAAUCAGCAAUAAGUGAUUGCUCUGACUAUCUUGCUUCUAUUGGAUGUUUAAAACCUGUAACAGCACUACGUGAUAAGAACAUAUUGGUGAAUGAGAUUCUGAAUCACCAUGUCAUCAAAAGAACUCUUUUACCAUUUGAAAGCUUUAGACAAGGUUUGAAAACACUUGGUGUUUUGGAAAAAAUACAAAUGAAUCCCGAUGCAUUCUGUAGCAUAUUAUGUCACAAACCCGAGAAACUUUCAGCAAAACUUCUUGGUGAUCUCUUUACAAUUCAAUGUACAUCAGGAGCAGACAAGGCCAGAUGCCUUGAUUUCUGGAUGGGUUACUUACAGGAGACAGAAGGUGGUGAGUCAUCUGUAACUCUAGAGGAUAUUUUAGUAUUUGCAACUGGCAUCCGCAGUAUUCCACCCAUUGGCUUUGAACCUGAUCCUUCAGUUAUGUUUCUGCAUAUAAAAUAUCCCAUCGGAAAGAGAGAUCUUAACUGUUUACAGCUUCCAAUAACAAAAUCUUAUGAGAAUUUUAAAAAAGUUCUGGAUAUUGCCAUCCAACGUGCCCUAUUACAGUCAAGAGUUUGUUAGUUGCUACAAUGGAUACUGAAAACUGAAUGAUGAAGCACACAAGAAGCUUGCUACUUGCCUACUGGAAAACAGACAUUCAUCCUCACAGGUUUAAAACUUGAUCAUGGAAAUGCAUAAUUUCAGUCUUUACAUUUUGAACAGUGCUUCAAAAUGAUGAGCAAACAAAGCUUUUAAAUCAAUUUUGCAUUACAUUUGUUCUGGGUUUUGUUUGUUUUUUGGCCAAACCAGCAAGUAACUGGUGGUUUGAGAUUGUGGUGUUCCUCCUUUUUAUAUCAUAAAUGUUACACAUCAAAACCUCUGCAUUCAGGAACCCUUUCCAAAUUGUAAUAUAUCAACUUUUAUAUAUUGUCUUUUUGUGUAAAGAUUUGAAGCAUGGGUUUAUUUAUGUGGAUUCCUGAUUCAGGAAAUGUUAAUUUCACACACAGACUCCUUUAAAGCAUUCUAGCUCUUAAUUGUAAAUAUGAAAAAAACCCUAAAGAUUACCUCAUGUUAUCUUCUCUUAAAUAUUCAUAAUGCCUUGAACAUUUGUGGGAUUAUGCCCAAAUAAUUGUGUUUCCGUUCUGUAAUCAUUCUAUUUUUUUUAAAAAAAGGUUUGAAUAUAAAAGGAUUUUUAAAAAAUGCAUUGUAGGAAUUUUGUAGUCAGAAAAGCUAUAAUUGGUGUCAGAUUUGUUUUUUAACUCAGUUUCGUUAUUUCAGAUAGAGAUGGAAAUAUGUUUGGACAUAGAGUGCUUUAUCCUUGAAAUAACAGUUCUACCCUUGCCAGAGGAGUUCUAGCAUUAUUCUGACUAUAUUGGAAGAGGUCUAAACUUCAAUCUGUUUUAACUAAAGCAGCUAUUUCAAACCUGGAAUAGGAUGUUUCAUUCUGAAACUAUCUUCUAUAAGACUAUGCAUACUAUAGAAAAUGUAUGUAGAAGCAGAUAUCAUUUGAUUUAAAUUAGACUUUUAGAAGAAGGGUGAGAUGAAUUAGCUUUAUAUAUGUCCUAGAAAUACCAAAGUUAGAAAUGGCAUUCCCUACUCGGUACUUAACUAGAAAAAUUAUGCAUUUGAUUUCAUUUUUCUAAAAUCUAUUCUAUUGGAUGCAUUAUAGAUACACCAUGUAGAGUAUUAAAUCUUAUGAAAUAGGUGAUGAAAUAAUUUAUGCACACAUAACAUUUUCAUAUACAUGUAUGGAUACACCAACUGCUUUAAUUCAAAUUGAUAUGACAUUACUUUUACUAAAAGGAGAAAAAAGCAAAUUUAUGUUUUCCCCUGGACCACAUUUUCCUCUUGGUUUUGUUGGGUUGUGCUGAGCUGAAAGAUUAAUCACAGUAGUUUAUCAUUUAAAAGUAAUUUCUGUCAUCACUUAUUAAAUUGCACAAUAAAAACUUCUGGAGCUUAUCCAUGCUACUCUAAAUUGUUUGAAUUUCAAUUAUUGAACGUUAAUUGUGUGGGUGAAAAGUAUACAGUGUACACUAUACUGAAAUGUUAGGCAAAAUAUAUAUCAGAAUAUAGUAAUAAGGCUACUUCAUUAGUAGAGUUUCAUCCUUGGCAAGCAUAUAUAUUAGUGAUUUGAAAUAAAUCUUAUGGUAGGUUUAUGAUAUGUAUUUCAACAACUUGAAUUCAUCGGUAGAGAAAGCACUCAGCAUUAUGGAGUUAAUAUUUCAGCAGAAUGGAUGGAAUGUUUCUACUCCCACAGUUUCCAACCGCAAAUUUCAAUUUCUCAUAUUAAAGAAUUAAAAAAUGUGUCUGAAAGGGAACAUUUAUUUCCUGGCUUUUAGAAUUCUACUUGUCCUCUUCUGUAAACAAGCAGUUUGGUGGGCCUUAUUUUUGGUGUGAUUGAGAUAAUAUUUCAUUCAAAUUCUUUUCUCAGUGUGAAUUAAUUAAAUUCUGGCUACCGAACCAGACAAAGCUUGUGGAUCAAUGACAGAAAGUAUAUUACAAGUCUACUGAUUUACAAGUAGUCCUCAGCUUAGGACAAUAAUUGGUGCUGGAAUUUCCACUGCUAAGAUGUAAAGCACAAC